AUGAAGGUCGCCAAUGUCCUCUCCUCUCUGUUGGGAGUUGGUCUCCUGUCCGCCGAUGCCGUCUUGGCCAAGGACAGACGCCGUGUCGGUGUCGAGAUCAAGAGCCCUCUCAAAGGCGUCAACUUCCAGCGCAUCAAGGCCUUUCGUGAGGCUGCCCCUGAUGAGGUCUCUGGCCGCACCCAGAAACUGAAACCAUUCCAUGGCAGAAUCACCGGCCACAACGCCGCCACUGCCUUGGGCGCUGCCCAGCCUCGAGAUCUCUCUUCCAGCUACCAGAACAUCACAGCCUUGUCUCCUUGGGGUACUCAAUAUGCUGUCGAAGUUACCUGGGACGGCAAGCUCAUCAACAUGAUCUUCGACACCGGCAGCAGCGACACCUGGGCCACCAGUUCCAAUCUGACGUGUACCAACCUGUCAGGCACUGCUGUCUAUUCCCCUGAAUCUUGCGGCUUUGGACCGGACAAGAUUAACGACUUCAAAUAUGGCCCCGUCGAGGAUGUCCACUUCGCCUUGAGCUACGGUUCUGGCGAGCGAGUGUCCGGCCCCAUGGGUUACAGUGACAUCGAGGUGGCCGGCAUCGUCGUCAAACAACAGCAGGUCGGCCUGGCCAACAAGACGUACUGGAUGGGCAACAACUACACCAACGGUGUUCUCGGUCUUGCCUAUCCCUCGAUCACUAGUGCUUUCACUGGCGACAUGAAUGAGGAUCGCCCUGCUUUCCAGGUUCCAUACUCGCCCUUCUUUACCAGCAUGGUUCAGCAAGGGCUCUCUUCAGACGCCUUCAGCGUUUCUCUCGUCCGCAAUUCGUCUGGCGUAAUUGGAUGGGGUGGCCGCACUGGUCUGCCAAUCACUGGCCCCACGGCCUACACCGAUCUCAUCAUUACCAGCAUCAACUCACAGCGUCCCGACGGUAGCUGGCAAUACUCAUACUACACCAUCCUCGUCGAUGGCUUGCGUUGGGGAUCCACGAGCGACACCAAGAAGUACCUGUACAUUGUCGACACUGGCACGACGCUUAUGUACGUGCCUCCGCCCACAGCCGAGGCUAUUGCCAGAUCUUUCUCCCCCAGUGCCAUCUACUUGUUCCAGUAUGGCGGAUACUUCGCCCCUUGUGAUGCCAUUGCUCCCAAGAUAGCCGUCAUCAUCGAAGGCGCAAGCUUCUUCAUCAACCCCGUGGAUCUCAUCUACCGCGGACUGGUGGACCCUCUCACGGGUUACUGCCAGAUUGGUAUUACUACCGGUGGCAAGGGUCCGUACAUCCUGGGUUCAGUCUUCCUACACAAUGUCGAAGCCUACUUUGACGUUGGUGCUGGUCAGGUUCGCUUCUACGGUCGCGAAACCUACGGUGCCACUCCUCAGCUCCCCGAGAAGCCCCUCGGCAACACUUACUCACACCUCACCGACUUCCUUCCAAGCGAUACCGACCUUGCUGCUGCUGCUGCUUCGGAGGCCAGCUCUCUCCUUCUUUUCCCCUCUGCAGAUUUCUUUUCGGCCCUCUUCCUGUAUCUCUUGCACCACCUCUUAUUCGCCGUCACGAUCGUAUCGUCUCAACCCCCAUCGUUUGCGGUGUGCGGCGGUUACUCGGCAGUCGCUUGUUCUUCCGACCUGACCAGCCUGGAGAGCGACCUGGUCGAAGGCAUUCCCGAACUGACCAGCGAACCAGCAGAGUCCAGUUUCAAAGCGACGUUUCCAAGCAGCCCAGCCAUCCACCAUGGGUAUCGGAGUGAUCCCGGCGAAUAG